AUGCUAAUUCCGAAAGACGAGAAUCCCCGUGAUCACACAGUUGAUACUGAUCCGGGUGUGGAUGACGUGUUAGCCAUAUUACUCGCUCUCGCUAGUCCUGAGUUCGAAAUUCUCGCUAUAGUGAUUUCUUUCGGUGAGUCUGAGCACGUCAACAUUCUCAAGAUGUAUCAGGCAAUAGCCCGACAUCUUGAACAGUUUCCUGAAGAUGCGGCAAGAUUCCCAAAUUUCCAGCAAGGCAGGAAGACCAUUCUUGCCGCACAGUACUUUCACGGGAGGGACGGCCUGGCAGGCAUCACAGAGAGACAUUCCGACCUAGAUGUUUCGAGUCCCUCCCCCUCGGAGCAUCCACAACUACAGAUUACAAGCCAACCUGGCGUUGAAGUUGCGCUCGAAUUGAUCAAGUCUGAACCCUCGAGGUGUAUUACCUACAUUGCACUCGGUCCAUUGACCAACCUCGCGAAACUCAUGAGGCUCGAUCGUCGGAGUACCGUCGAUCGGCUGGGGCGGGUUGUUUGCAUGGGAGGGGCAUUAGACGUACCCGGAAACACUUCCCCUAUGGCAGAAUUCAACUUCUUCGCUGACCCAUACGCCGUGCACGAGCUCUUAUGCCCUGGCGGCACGAUUUCAGGGUUCCCUCUCGACCGUUUCGUUCUCCUCCCACUAGACAUCACCACUCCACACGAGCUCUCGUUCCCCCUUUACGCAAGAUAUCCCUCGCGCGCCGAAGACAAGCCCCCGAUUGUGCACUUCGCGAGCUCGUUUCUCGAGCGCACCCGCGAAGUCAUGUGCGAAUUCGGCAAGGACGCGCUCGAACUGCACGACAUCGUUGCGGUGUGGUGUGCGCUUGUGAAUCCCCCGGUCCCGACGCCGGACGGUCACGGCGAACUGCAGUCAGGAUGGAAGGCGACGAGGCGUAAGUUCGCUGUCGAGCGGUACGGCGAGCUUACCCGCGGGAUGCUCGUCGUCGACCGGCGCGACGACCCCGGCGCAUACGCCCCGGGCGCGAACCGCGCCGAGGUGCAGGCCGCGCUCGACCCAUCCCACCGCGCCGGCACCAGCACGCUCCUCGAAUCCAACGCCGUCCCCGCCCAGGUCGAGAUCGAGUUGGCCCAAGCUCCCGCCGCCAACCCUGCCGCCCCGACCCCGAGCACCGUCGCUCGCACGGGUCCUGUCGUCGUCAAGCCCGCGCCCGCGAGCCCGCACGGCCCGCCGGACGGCGUCGCGUGUGUGACGGAGACGCCUGGGUCGGAUGCGCUCGUGCGGCUGCUGCUGUCGCGCGUGUUCGGCGUCGAGCUCCCGGCGGCGUUCUGA